UAAGGGACGUCAGUGUAAAUUCCAGAGUCGCCCAAACUUCCCUAUUACAGGCGGCGGCAGUGGAAAAGGGCAGAGGAAAAUGGGAAAGCAAGGCAAGAAACGACACCAUAACCAACACAAGACUUCUCGUAGAGGAGGAGGAGAAGCCUUCUUCAACUCUGAAGAAGACGACAAUGACCAAUACCCACCUUCCUCUUCUACUUCAAAGCUCACUAUUUCUGAUGAAGAGAAACAGUCUGAAGAAGAAGACGAAGAAGAAGAAGAAGAGGCAGAGGGACCAAGUGAAGACCAAAAUGAUCAGAACCCAUCAACGGGUGAUAACGUACCAUCGAAGUUUUCACUAUAUCAACAGUCUGUUCAGUCCCCAAAAGGAGACAUAAGUUAUCUGCAGAAGUUCUUUCUGAUGUAUGUGGGUGGGAGGCUACCGCUUCAUCUCCAGGAGGAUUUCUGCGGCACUGCUCUACUUAGUACAGAAUGGCUCCACACUGAUUCCAGGAGGACUGCUGUAGGAAUAGAUUUGGACCGUGAGGCACUAAAUUGGUGCAUGGAAAACAACCUUAACAAAACAGGGGCUGAUGGGUAUUCAAGAAUAUAUCUGUUCCACGGCAACGUCUUGAAUCCUCUUGAGGCUAGAUUAGUCAAGUUUGAGAACCAAUACCUCCUGGAAAAAGUGACACUGAGUGACCUUGUAGAUGAUGGUUCAGAGACUACUGUACUGGAUUCUGCUGCACAAGAAAACCCCGGUGGUUUUACUGAUGGUAGGUUAAUGAAAGAUUUUCCUUUGCCGGCAAGGGAUAUCAUUUGCGCUUUUAACUACAGUUGUUGCUGUCUCCAUAGUCGUGUGGAGCUGGUUUCAUAUUUCAAUCAUUCACAUAAUGCCUUGUCUAGAAAAGGUGGUAUAUUUGUGAUGGAUUUAUAUGGUGGCACGUCAUCUGAGUGUGAGCUUAGGCUGCAGAGGAAGUUUCCUAAUUUCACGUAUGUUUGGGAACAAGCUGGAUUUGACAUAGUUCAACGCAAGACAAGAAUUAGCCUCCAUUUUCAUCUCCAAAAGCAGCAGAAAAAGCUUCGCCAUGCAUUUUCAUAUAGCUGGAGGCUGUGGUCGUUGCCAGAGAUCAAAGACUGCUUGGAAGAGGCGGGAUUCCGUUCUGUUCAUUUUUGGAUUCGACAGAUGCCAGACGCCGGAGAAAUUAGAAGCAUAAAGGGAUUCGGUUCGGGACGAGAUGUGAAGUAUGAAGAGGUCUCAAGUUUUGAGCAACAAGAUUCUUGGAAUGCAUAUGUAGUUGGUGUUGCAUAGUAAUGGAUCAUUAACAAUGACUUUUGUAGACUUGUAUGUUUGAGCUGACUUGUUGCUGGAGACUUUGAGAACUUAAAACAAAGCUUCCAGCACCUUACAAAGCAGGAAAUGUUAUUCGCUCUACUCCUAGUUUGAACUUAUGUCAAGCUAGGU